AUGUCUCGUGAGUUUCCCGUCUCUACAUGUUGCUUGCUGUUGCCACACGUUUGGGAAUAUGAAGUACAAGUGCCUUGCGAUUGUCUGAAGCUGUUCGUCAACUUUCAGGUGGAGCUGGAGAAACUUAAUGCGGCAACUGACGAGAUCAAUAAGCUGGAGCUGGAGCUUGAUGAAUCCAUGAAAACAUUCCACCUGCUGCUGGAUGAGACCUCGCGUCGUUUGCAAGGGCUGACCAAGCGGCUGGGCACCUGCGUGGACAGGUCGAGGCCCUAUCACGAGGCAGUAGCAGCGGCCGCCGUCGCCCGAGCCGAGUGUCAGAAGGCUGCCGUUCAGUUCCAAAGAGCAAGUGAAUUGCACGCGGCUGCGAAAGAAACGGUGACUCUUGCGGAGCAGCGCUUCGUGAGCAAGCAGGACGAGUGGCAGUUCGACAGCAACUGGCAGGAGGUUCUCAACCAUGCCAUCAUCAAGGUUAUGGACGCAGAGAAGAGAAAAGCUGAGAGUGGACGCGAGCACCAAAAGAAAGCUGCAGCGUACAUCGCGGCAGAAAGAAAAGUGGCACAACUGGAAGAAAACUUAAAACGCAGCAUCAUAAAGUCGCGCCUAUACUUUGAGGAGAAGAAAUUAUGCGACGAACAAUUGCAGACCCAAAAUGAGAAGAUUGAAAAACUGCAGCGUUUAAUCUCCGACGCAAAAUUCCGCUACUCAAAAUCGCUUAAGGCACUGGAAGAGAUAUCUGAGGAAAUACAUAGACGUAGAGGGGAAUAUCCGCCAGGAAAGGAUUCCAUACCAGUUGGUCCUAGAGAGCCAGGAGUUGGGGCAGAACACGAUCCAAUACACGACGAAACGCAGUUGGCUGAAAAAGAAUUUGAGAAAGACGAUGAGCCUAGUUUACAAGAGCUUAGGAAGAGGGUGAGAGAGUUGGCUCUAAAACCAAUAGACCGCAGUGACGUGGACACGGACGAGGCAUGGGCACAAGAACUAAACGAGACAAUAAACAAACUAGACCAGUUGUUGAUGAUAAAGGAAACUAAUCAGCAGAAGAGGUCAAAGUUCACAGCGAGCUCGCCGAGAAAUUUUAGCGCACCCACAACAAGCACAAACACAGCUCAUAGAAACAGCCAACCGCCGAGUGACAGCUGGAAAACUGAGUCCAAUUUGACCAGAACAAAGUCUAAAAGUCGCGAUGUCGUGUUUGAAAGUGUAAACACGUCUAUGAAUAAGACAGAGAAGUCUAAAAGCAUGAUGUCGUUAGAUGUCCUCGCAUUAGCGAGAGAUGCAAAGAUUAUGGACCGCGAGUCGUAUUUAAAAGCGGUUAUAGAGGACAAGUCACCCACGGGCACUUACACUGAAAGCAAUUCUGACAGGAAUGACAGCCCUGAUGAUAUUUUAAUGGUCGAGUGCGACUCCAGCGACUCCACACAAAAUCCCGUGAUUAGAAUGACGAGCUCCACUAUCACGGACAGUGAUCACAGCUAA